CUGUUUUGACCCGUCAGCAUGGCCAGCGACGAACGGGUGUGCGUCUUGGAGCAGACGCCCAAUGUGGAGGCGAUCAUCACCGCUCUCCUGGACGAGUCCACGCCGCAGACGGAGUUUGUCCAGUUCUCGCGACGCGUGAUCCGGCUGGUUAUCGAGGCCGGUAUCAACUUCCUGGACAUGGAGGAUCACACCGUGGAGACGCCAUCAGGCCAUCCCUUUCAAGGCCUGAAGCUUGUGCAAGAGCCGUGUGGCAUCAGCAUCAUGCGUGCAGGUGAGGCGAUGGAGCAAGGCCUGCGGGACUCGCUGCAGUCGAUCAACAUGGGACACAUGCUCAUCCAGCGCGACCGCGAGAACCCGAGCAGCGACCCCCAGAUUUACUUCCACCACCUUCCCGCGAACAUUGAUAAGAAACCCAUUCUCCUCCUCGACCCCAUCAUUGACUCUGGCGCGACCAUCAUCAACGCGCUGCGCAUUCUGGUGAAGGAAGGGGCAGAGGACAAACGCAUCAUCAUCCUAUCGGUGUUUGCGUCCGACGCAGGCAUCGAUAGGGUCCUGGGCUCCUUUCCCAACGUGCGCAUUGCACUCGCGCGUAAGAUGGACAACUGCCAGGCCGUUCGCUUCUCCAAGCGCUACUUUGGCACCUGAUGACCCUUAAGCAACCCCCGCGCUCAGUGCUCUCCCUUCUUCCCCCCCCCCUUCC